AUGUCUUCUCCAUCGUGCCCAGUUGUCAACGGUGGCUUCCAGGGCGAUGACUCUGCCGAACCCCCCCAUAUCAUCUCGAGCCAGCCUUCAGCCGGCAACGAGUUCAUGAGAAUAACCACGGCUUACCCAAACCUCUCAUCCACAGGAUGCACUGCCAAAUUCUGCCAAUCCGGGCGGAUGAAACAUACUGACGAGGAACGAGUCGGACGAAACCAGCCCCUGGAUGCCAUCGAGAAGGAUGCUGUCGACUUCCUCCAUCAACUCCGCCAAGCUGGCAUGAUCGAUUCCGAGCAAGCCUUGAAGAAGCGGAUCCAGUAUGUCAUAAAGGAGAUCAAAACCAACUCGGUUACCGCUAGAUACAAUGCCUGCAAUGGCGUUGGCUCAGACUCGGUCCGGACUCCCACGGUCGGGAUUGUUGGCGGCAAUUGGAGCCAAACGUCCCAGGAGCUUGAGUUCGGUAUUCGACUCGCAUGGAAACAUUCUAGAAAGUGCAUCAUGCGCUCCGAAUACAAGGAUCUCAGGCUCUGCGACCUCCGCCAUAUCACCACGAGUUCCGCAAUGGCUAAAGAGUUAAUUGCAAACGCCCAGGUUGCCUUCAAUCAUGGAGAAAUUCGCCCGACAGUUUUUGUCUUUCCACCUCGUCGACCCAACGAGCGCGGUCCCAUGAUAUGGAACCCACAGCUUUUCUCCUUUGCGGGCUACGCUGAAGAUAACAAUGACAUCCUGGGGGACCCUAUGAAUGUCGAGCUGACGAAGGCGAUCAUUGAGCUUGGUUGGAAACCACCGAGGGUCCGCACAAAGUGGGAUAUGCUUCCUCUGGUGACCAUGGCCCAAGGUGAGGAUCCGGUCAUCACCGAGAUCCCGAAGGAUAUCUUUCCGUGUGUACCAAUUCAGCACCCACGAUACAGGCUUGCCUUUGAUAAGCUGGGCUUGAGGUGGGUUCCUUCUCCUGCAUUGAGCAGGUUGGGAUUUACCAUUGGCGGUGUACAAUGGACUCCGGGUUCUGACCUGCUACCAGACACUGCAAGCCCAUUUAUGGGUUGGUUCAUGGAUGCAGAGAUCGGAGUGAGAAACUUGGCAGAUACGUUCAGGUACAAUGUUUUGCCUCAAAUAAUCAAGCAGUUGGGGCUCUUCAAUGGCGAGCUUGACAGUCUUCCAGACUUUGAACGCCUCGCGUUAUUGUCGAGAGCACAACUUGAGCUCAACUUCGCCGUUUCUUAUUCAUUUGCGAAAGCUCAAGUCCGAAUGAUCGAUUCUCUCAGCGCAUCAGAAGUGUUCUCGAGAUUUGAUGACGAGCACCUGGCCGAAAACGGCUAUCGACUACCUUCAGACCCUUACUGGCUCGCGCCGCCUCAAGGAUCAAUCAUACCACUUUGGCAUCGCGGCGCUUCUCCCAACUUCCAGCCAAAGCCGAUGAUCUGUCAUCAUGUUCAAGACCCAAUCAAGACCUGGCGGAGGGAGAACGGGCAGAGUGAUAUCGAAAUUUCCCACGAAUCACAACUGAACAUUCGUCUCGAAGUUGACUCUGCCCCUUCUGUUGUACGGAGAAGGAGACUCUCUGUGGCCUUUUGCAGUUCCGGAACGGUAGCUAGCAAGCUAUGCAAGAAACUACAAACGCUUCUCUGCCAUGCCGCACGUACCAGACCCGAUUUUGGUUGCGUAAUGCCGAUACAGACUCUCAAUGCUUUGAAGAAGUCCAAGCUGAGGCCCGAUGACGUUUUGGUCGUCAUAGCCAGUAACACCAGACAAGGAGAAAUGCCUCAGAAUGGCCAGGAGUUUGCCCAUGGCCUGGAGACUGAUAAAUUCUCCGUGAAAUGUUCCUUUGCUAUCUUCGGCAAUGGAAGUAGAGACUACGCUGAUACUUUCAACCACACCGCCAUCAACUUGGACAGGGCGUUACGAAUAGGUGGUGCUGCCUCGCUCUUUGAUCCGGUAUUUGCAGAUACCGCGGUUGAGAGCCCGCCCUGGAGGAUAUUCGACAGUUUCUGCGAGAAACUUCUCGAGUCAUUGACAGGAGUUUGUCGAGGCCCGAGGAAUACUUUACCCCAACCGGCUCCAUUAAGAUCACCAGCUGAGCCGUUGCUCGAUACCGCCAGUUGGUUUCGAGCACACAUUCAACACGUUAUUGGCGGAGUCUCCGAGCAAGGUAUAAAGCGAGUCCAGCUCGACAUCGGGAGCCGCACAUACGCAACGAUGAGUUACCUCUCACUCCUGCCACCCAAUGCCGAGAGCACCGUACAAGCCCUCCUUUCGAAUCUGAAUAUCAAGCCAGACGAGCGACUACAUUUUGCCAGCGGCAUAACAGUUGAGGAGUUUUUCCGAUUCUACGCAGACCUCAAGCAACCAUUCAAAACAUUUGAUUGGGCAGCAGAGAUUCCGUUCCAGGGGGCCGCUGUUCCCGAAGAGCUGAUGACAUUACCGAUUCUAGAGGCGGUGGCGGGACUGCCGACAAACUGGCAACACUGGGCUGCGUUAGAGAACUUGUGCUGUGCUGUACCCAGAAUACAACCACGCAAGUACUCCAUUGCAAGUUGUCCCAGUUACAGCGGAAAUAGCGGUCGUAAGGGCUGCGAACUGGAGCUGCUUGUCCAGCAACACGCCGGGGGCAGGUUCUCUGAUAUUUUCCUCAGCAUGACCCAGAUCAGCUCGACACUGACUUGCAAGAUCGAGCGCGCAACGCACCUGGAAUCCAUGGCUGGAGCCACUGAUCGUCCUCUCAUCAUCUUCGCGACAGGUUCCGGUGUAGCUCCUGUCCGUGGCUUACUACAACAUCGGACGGAGCUUGUUCGGCAAAAAGGGGCGGUUGGUAACAGCAAGACACCAUACCCUCAUGCCCCCAUCACCCUUUUCUCUGGAUUCAAAGCUGAAGACCAGCCGCUGGUCCGAGAAGCGCUUGCUGACGCCGAACAGCUGGGCUUGUUCGACUUGCUCCGGUUGAUGCCCAGCAACCUGGAGAAAAGGCGUGCGCAGGAUAUGGUAUUCGAGGAAGGACUAGGCCUUAAGCUGGUGGAAAAGAUCCAGGACAACGCUCUCGUGUUUGUCUGUGCCAAGCCUGAAGCAGAAAGCGACUUCUGUGGCAACUUGAGUGCUUUGCUAGGGAGGGAUGUGAAGGAUGCCCUGGGCGAGAGAUACAUAGCUGACAUCUAUCAGCCAGCUGUGUAA